AUGAACGUGGUGAUAGACAGGUUCCGCGACUAUGAGUUCUCUCCUAUGCGCAACCGCGUUGUGCUCGGUGAUAACCACCAAAAGUUUCCGAGUCGCCUCGCGUCUGCCGCUUCUCAGGUACCUUGGAUCGUUGAGGCCUCGAGCGCCGCUCGCUCUGGCAUCCCGCAAGCCAUUGUUCUCGCCACAUCUUGUCUGUUCAUCGUGCUGCACUUGAUCAGACGACGCUCAAAACGUGGCCUCUCACACCAUGCCGUAAAGUCCAGAGCGUCUGGUCUUCGAUGGGGCUAUGAGGUGUUGUCGCAGAUGGCUCGAGCCGCGGCGCUCGCCUUCCUCGCCGUCGCGUUUUUCCAAGGGGACGCUCACGUGCUCAACGUGAUUCUUGUCGCAUACACCUUCGCCCUUGGAUUGACUCGUCUAGUCACGAAGGCCCCGUGGCGUCAAGAAGCUCUCUACCACGUCAACCUGAUUAUUGUUGCUGAAUUGGCCAUCUUGAUCACCGCCCAGCUCCUUCCCUGCAUCGAAAUCGACGUUGAGUGCACCGAGGAUGCCAGCGUCAUGGGAGCUACAGGCGCCCUUUCUUUUGGCCUGGCUGUUGCCAUGUGUACGCCUCGUCAAUGGAUUCAACCUCAGCUCGCCUACGAGAUCCCGGGUUUCCAUGUGCCCGACGAGCCCGCCCUGGAGGAAGAGACCAGCUGGAUCAACUACUACUGCACCUACCAGUGGUUGACUCCGACCAUCUGGAAAGGCACCUGGGGCAAGCUCGACAUGUCUGGUAUUCCAAAAUUGGCCUGGUAUGACGAGCCUCUCUAUCUUCUUCGCCAAGUUCAGCUGGCCAGAGCCGCCUCCAAGUCCACCUUGUGGACCACGCUACGCUUCCAGCGACAAGAAUUAGCCCUCAUGUCUAUCUUGAUUGGCCUUGCAUAUAUUGUCGAAAACGUCUCUCCUUUUGGCAUGUUCCAACUGCUUGCGUACCUUGACGAUCCCAACUCUGCCGUGUAUAGGCCGUGGGUGUGGUUACUGCUCACCUUCUUCGGCCCCAUGAGUCGAUCUAUCCUGUUCCAGGGAUAUGUCUUCAUUUCCACUAGACUCAUUGUUCGUAUCAAGUCUGCCAUGACCCAAGAGCUGUACCAAAGAGCCUUGGAGUCUAUGGAACUUGAAGAUGAUCCCUUUGCCGGCAAAUUUGAUGACGACAAAGAAAAGGAAAAAGAGAACAGCACCAAGGCGACCUCGGCUGGUCGAUUGGCCAACCUCAUGGCUGCAGAUGUCGAGGCUAUUUUCAAAGCACGAGAUGUCAUAAUUAUCCUGGUGGGUGUUCCUGCUGGAACCAUCGUUUCUUUUAUCGGUCUGUACCGAAUGCUUGGCUGGGUGUCCAUUGUCGGAGUCGUUAUCCUCGUGCUCGCCACACCCAUCUCCUUUCUUCUAGGCAAAUGGAUGUACCGCACACAAAAGAAGGUUCGGAAGGCUCAGGACUCGCGAAUUUCUCUUGUAACGGAGUAUUUGGCUUCCAUCAAAGCCAUCAAAUACUUUGCCUGGGAGAAGCCGAUCACGGAAAAGAUUGUCGAAUCCCGUGCAUUUGAACAAAAGGCAUUGUGGGGAGUAUCUGUUCUGCAAGUUUUCAUCAACCAGAUCACACAGAUCUUCCCUUAUCUUUCAUUGCUAGUCAUGUUUGGCCUGCAUGUCAUAGUCGACAAGCAGCGGUUGACAGCUUCUACGGCCUUCACAACAGUGUAUCUUGUUAAGAACAUCCGUCGAAACAUCAUGAUGGCCAGUUAUUUUGCUCGAAGCUUUGCUGGUGCUAUCGUUGCUUUUGGCCGACUCGACAAGUACUUUGCCAGCACUGUGCCACUGGUCCAAUACCCGGAGGGUCCGCUCCGCAUUGAGAAGGGAUAUUUCAGGAGGAAUAAGAAGGCCAUUUUCAGACUCGAAGAUAUUUCACUAGAUUUUGUCCAAGGCGGCCUGAAUGUCGUUACUGGCCAGAGUGGAAGCGGCAAAUCCACCCUCAUGCUUGCUAUUUUGGGAGAGACAUAUCUAGAGAGCGGUUCCAUCUCUGUCCCGGCCGACAUUGCUUACGCUUCACAAACAUCGUGGCUGCAAAAUGAGACGAUCAAAGACAAUAUUCUCUUCGGUAGCCCAAUGGAAAAAGCUCGAUAUGACCGGGUCCUGACUGCAUGUUGUCUUCCUGAAGAUUUACGCGAGCUACCAGAUGGGGAUCGGACAUCAGUUGGAGAGAACGGAACGUCCUUGUCUGGUGGACAAAAAGCACGGGUAGCUCUGGCCAGGGCUCUCUACUCCAAGGCCCCCUUAUUGCUGCUUGACGACAUCUUCGCAGCCCUCGACGCAAAGACUUCUGCUGGUGUCUGGAAACAUUGCUUCUGUGGCGACUUGCUAAAGGGCCGCACUGUGGUUCUCGUUACGCAAGUUCCGUGGAUCGCUGCUCAAGCCGAUCUCUCCAUCUUGCUCGAAAAGGGCCAGGUCAAGGCGGCUGAGCCCAACAUCGGUGUCGUGCGCCGACCGAUUAAGAUUGCUGAGGUCCUCGGAGGCGAUGCUGAUGACAGCAGCGAAACUGAGGUGGAAACACCUCCUGAACCGGAUCUGCAAGCUACAUCAGACGCUUCGAAUGACCCCAACAAGGUUGCCCAGGACGUCCCCGUCAAGGACAUCGUCGACCAGGAAGCAAAGGCAUCGGGAAAAGUUAACAGAUGGACCGUGAUUGGAUAUCUGGGAUACUUUGGUCACCCAUCUUUCGCUGUUGCCUGCAUACUUGGCCUGUUUCUGGCCAACAUUUUUUAUUUCGGUGCCAAUUUCUGGUUGUCCAUUUGGGUUGAAGCAUACGAUAAGGGCGGGCCGGUAGAUGUUGUGUAUUACCUGGGUAUCUUUGCCGCCUUCAUUUUUCUCGAGAUCAUCGCCUUCGGCUGUAUUGUCAUCACGUUUGAAUGGGGCGGCUGGCGUGCCGCAAGACGUCUACAUAAUGAUUUUAUUCGAAGCAUCAUGAGUGUUCCCCUGUCUUGGUUUAAGACCAUCCCAGUGGGUCGCAUCACCAACCGAUUCUCUGGCGAUAUGGCAUCAAUUGAUGGCAAUCUUAGCGGCAUGGUUCGUCAAAUCAUGGACAUCUUCAUGAUGCUCUUCUUCCGACUGGGUGCUGUCAGCUCCAUCAUGCCCAUUUUCAUGGUUCCCGGGCUCAUCACCUGCUUUAUCGGUGUGUUGAUUGGAGAAAUGUACACGCGAACCGCCGUCGUCAUUAAGCGCCUCACAUCAUCAUCUCAGUCUCCUGUAUUCUCUCAGUUUGCUGACACCCUUUCUGGCCUUGCCAUUAUUCGAGCUAGAAAGGACAAGGCCCAGGGAUUUAGAUUUGACCUUGCUGACAAGCUCCGUGUUUGGUCUGCGACGGCCGAGGCAAACUAUAAUUGCAACCGAUGGGUCGGUGUUAGGAUAGAUUUUGUCACGUCACUUGUUUCACUCUUUGCUGGCAUAAUUGCCAUUUCCAAGGCUGGCAUUGUUAGCGCGGGUUUGGUUGGCUUCUCUCUAACCAAUGCCAAUGAUCUCAGCAAUACUGUUCUCUACAUGGUCCGAGCUAUGAACGACCUCGAAGUUGAGAUGCAAAGCUUCCACCGAGUAAAGGAAUACGUGAAGCUGGAGCCCGAGGACAAAAAUGACAAGCCUUAUCCAGAUGAAGGUGAAGGCCAGUAUGCUGAUGACGAGACUCACGUUAUUCCCAAGAACUGGCCCCGGUCCGGGGAGGUUGAGUUUCGAAACGUGACAAUCCGCUAUGACCCUGAUGGCCCUGACAUUCUCAGCAAUAUCAACCUCAAGUUCAACGCCGGAGAACGGGUUGCCGUGGUAGGACGGACUGGAUCUGGCAAGAGCACUCUCGUACUAUCACUACUUCGAUUCACCGAGAUUGUAUCGGGUGAGAUCUUAUUCGAUGGCGUGGACAUCACAAAACUGCCUCGCACCCGUCUUCGUGAAAGUCUCACCAUCAUCCCCCAGGAAGCGGUCCUGUUCAAUGGAUCCGUAGAGUCCAAUCUUGAUCCAACCGGCCGAGUUCCACGAGAGCAGCUUGAAGCAGCUCUCGACAAAUGCAAAGGCAUCGCCUCCUUCUCCGGCAGUGUCACUGAAGAAGACGAUAAUGACGCCGAUUCCGCCAUCCGUGGGCACGCCCAGGCCAUCACGCUGUCGACUGAGGUAGACGCCCGCGGAGAGAACUUCUCUCAUGGCCAGCGCCAGGUCCUCUCCCUGUGCCGCGCCUUAAUCCGCAAGAGCAAACUAAUGCUCCUGGACGAAGCAACCGCCAGCAUGGACUACGAGACCGAUCGUGGAAUCCAGCAAAUCCUCCGUGAAGACCUCGAGGCAGCUGAUUACAAUCGCACCCUCGUCACUAUUGCCCACCGUCUUCGAACCAUCAUUGACUACGACAAGGUGGUUGUCAUGAGCGCCGGCAGAGUCCUAGAGUAA